CAGGGCUGGCGCAUUUUAUAUCAUCUUACCGCUGUACUACUAGCCAGUUACCUCGUAACCGCCCCUUUCCAUCCUGGUGACUCACUCACUGGUGAGUCGUGCUCCGUGAUUUAUAACCUGUGUUAUGACAGAUCCGAAUUUCGAAAUUGAAGCUCAACGCCUCUCCCUCACUUUUUUUGAUCCAUCGAACGACUCCCACUGCGAUUUCUUAGUCGAAUUGUACAAUGCACCGGAGAUACUGGCAACGAAUGGGGGCAUAGCUCCUCCAAUAGGAGAUCGAGAGGCAGCGCGAAAGAUUCUUACAGGGGAGCAAGACGAGCGUCUUCGUUCCGGCGACAUGUAUGGAAAAUACCUCGUUACCCUGAAGUCUCCCCCACCCUCCGAUAACGAUACCCCAUCACUUGCAUUACAUCAAUAUGGCGAAAAGAUCGGGAUAGUUACGUUGAAUCUGAGAAAGGGACAGAACAGCUUCACAGUUCCAGAAAUUGGGUACUGGUUCUUGAAGAAAGGCAGGGGGAGGGGAUACGCGACCGAAGCUACCGGAGCGUUGAUGAAGUAUCUUGAGGAAGAAAAGGGGCAGAGGGAGCUGUUUGGAUUUUGUAAUCCAGAUAAUAAGGCUUCGAAGGGGGUGUUGAAGAGACUUGGAUUUGAAGCGAGGGGUAUUGCGACGUUGAAGACGUUUGGGGGUAUUGUUGGAGCGGUGUGGGCACGACCAGGUAUGAAUGAGGAUUUGAGUGUGUAUGGGGUGUGAGCCCAGUCGGCGAGGAGGUCUUUCAGGUAUUUCUUCCACGAAGCCCGGCGAUAUUUAAGUUGUUACAAGUGUGAAUCUCUCGUUCUAGGAUAAACACAUGGAGUUUAGUCGGCAUCGCGGACACUUAUUAUUAAUAGCUCAGAGAUACGAAUACUACGGAGAUCAUAUGAUGUCGAAUAAAUCUAGCCCCUUACUAUAUCAUUAGAAACGUUCCGUCUAUGCCCAGUGAAAUCUUACAAACGACU